GCCAAGUAUGGCGGAAGUGUUAAGAAAGCCGGAUGUGAACUUCAUUCUUGAGAAUAGUUACAGCUUGCAAGUGAUGAGCAUGGCCGGUCAUUUGAAGAGGUUAAACGGUUUAUUUACACAGUUGUCAAACGCAACCAGACAGAAAUACAAUACAACAUGUUUUCUGCCAGCACACCCCAAGUCUGCUAUUGGUGGUCCCUCAAUUGAUGAUCCUUACUGUCAAGUAGAAAUUGGUGUAACUUCAGAUGGGCAAACCAUUGUCUGUUACCAUCCCUCCAUGGAUGUUCCCUAUGAACUUACACAGGCAAUUCCACGACCAGACCCUCUGAUCAAUCUUGCAGAGAACCAUGACCAGGUUCUGAAGGCUCACCUCAGUAGGGAGGUGCUUCAGAACAAAAAAGCCCCUACGAUUGAGGAGCUCAGCAAGAUGUUUUACACAACCAAGCACCGCUGGUAUCCUGUGGGACAGUACCACAUACGGCGAAGAAAGGGAGAUCCUCCUAAAGACAGAUAAAAACUGCUCUGUAAAGGAAACAGCUACUGUAACACAAAGCUUCUUGAUACCAUAUAAAACUUCUACCUGUUUUGUGGCGUCAAAUAAAAUGAACAAAACAA